UGAGCGUUGAUUGGCUGAGGCGAGAAGCGUGCGCUGACUGGCUCAGCCCUUCGCGGGCAGGAGUUUGUGGCGCCAGAGAAAAGUGGAUAACACGCAGUAACAGACGGGAUUCUGAGGUGUUCAGCAAGCUUAUCUGGCUGGAACCGUCUGCCCUCCUUUCCCAAGAGAAUUUCGACCAAGAUGUGGAAUAGUGGCUAUGAAAGCUAUAGCAGCUCCAGCUAUGGAGGAGGCGUCAGCUACACCCAGUCUCCAGGGGGCUUCGGGUCGCCAACAGCUUCUCAGGCUGAAAAGAAAUCAAGAGCCCGAGCCCAGUACAUUGUACCCUGUACCAUAUCUCAACUGCUUUCUGCUACUCUGGUUGAUGAAGUAUUCAAAAUUGGGAAUGUUGAGAUUUCACAGGUCACUGUUGUGGGAAUAAUCAGACAAGCAGAGAAGGCUCCAACCAACAUUGUUUACAAAAUAGAUGACAUGACAGCUGCACCCAUGGAUGUUCGCCAGUGGGUUGACACAGAUGACACCGGUGGAGAAAACACUGUGGUUCCUCCAGAAACAUAUGUGAAAGUGGCUGGCCACCUGAGGUCCUUUCAAAACAAAAAGAGCCUCGUAGCCUUUAAGAUCAUGCCCCUGGAGGAUAUGAAUGAGUUCACCACACAUAUUCUGGAAGUAGUCAAUGCGCACAUGAUGCUGAGCAAACCCAGCACCCAGCCCUCAGCAGGGAGAGCAUCUAUCAGCAACCCAGGAAUGGGUGAACCAGGAAACUUCAGCGGGAACAGCUUCAUGCCAGCCAAUGGCCUCACCAUGACCCAAAACCAGGUGCUGAAUUUGAUUAAGGCUUGUCCAAGGCCCGAAGGAUUGAACUUCCAGGAUCUCAGAAGCCAGCUCCAACACAUGCCUAUAGCCUCAAUCAAGCAAGCUGUGGAUUUUCUUAGCAAUGAGGGACAUAUCUAUUCUACUGUGGAUGAUGAUCACUUUAAAUCUACAGAUGCAGAAUAACUGGAUCUCAUGAGUACCUGAGACAUUUCUGGCUGGACCUAUUUGCACGGUCUGUUGCUCCAGAGAUGCAUAUGUUUGGCCAGGUGACUCCUAAGAAGGAAGUUCCAUCUAUAAAAGAUCUCAGUUGACUUCCUUUUUUUUUUUUUUUUUUUUUUGGUACCGGGGAUCGAACUUGGGACCUUGCGCUUGCGAGGCAGGCGGCAGAACCACUGAGCUAAAUCCCCGGCUCAGUUGACAUCCUUUGAAACUCAGUGCUCUUCUGUUUUUUGUGUUUUGAAGCAAAAGGAAGAUGGGCAAAUUGACAGAGAUGUAAACCAGGGUGGCAUUUCUUAGAGAAGUUCAGGAUAGAUGAGACUAGAAGAAAACUACCGAGAGAGUUAGGCAGUAUUGCUCAGAAUUUUUUGUUCUUUAAAAAAAAUGCUUCCUGUUGAGAGAAGAUGAGCAGGACUAGGGCUCAUGGGCAUAGUGCCAACCAAGGAACCCACUCCCCCACACCUGGUUUUGUCUCUUGCUCUGGUUCUGUGUCAUUUUUCAGAGUUGCACUUUCUUUGUCCUUGUCUUGCCUGUUGCUGAAAGCAGGUUUAUGUGAACGUGAGGUUAGGAGAUGCUGGCCUCACAGGACAGAGGAGAGGAAGAAGUGUUACUGCAUUUUGUAAAAGUAAAUAUAUCCAUAUUUUAAUAAAACAGUUGUAUUAUUGCAAUA